CCCUGUCAGUGUCAGUCCCUCGAACACGAGCCGCCGUGUGGCCGACUCGGUAAUGUCUGACGUCAAUGCAACAUUGCCUAUUCCGGUUCCGUAAAAAAUGGUGACAGAAAGUGAUUCAGUCUUGUAAGAGAGCCCGCGGCGAGGUGUCGUAGUAACGUAGUUGCUAAUCACAGCCGGCGCGGACUACCGGCGGAGCGCGAUUGCGUCUAACCUGCCCACGUGCGUUUGGCGUUUACGCGAUUGAUUUUUGCGGAAUGGGUGAACAGACGCACGCCGGCGGCGAAAAAGUGGUUUUGAAACGUAAAAUAACACUGUUCAAUGGAGUGGGGAUUAUUAUUGGGACGAUCAUCGGCUCCGGCAUUUUCAUUUCUCCCGCGGGAGUUUUCAACAACACCGGAUCGGUAGCAGUCUCCCUGCUAAUAUGGGUGGUCUGCGGAGUCCUAUCCACGCUCGGAGCCCUGUGCUACGCGGAGCUCGGCACCUCCAUAACCCGAUCCGGCGGGGAUUACGCCUACAUCCACGCAGCCUUCGGUCCGCUGCCCGCGUUCCUGCGCAUGUGGAUAGCGCUGCUGAUCAUCAGGCCCACGACGCAGGCCAUCGUGGCGCUGACCUUUGGCCAUUACGUGGUCAAGCCCUUCUUUCCGGAGUGUGAGCCGCCGCAGGACGCCGUUAAGUUGCUGGCCGCUGUCUGUCUCUGUAUCCUGACGGCCAUCAACUGCAUCAGCGUGAGGUGGACCAUGCGGAUCCAGGAUGUGUUCACCUCCUCCAAGCUCUUCGCACUCGUGGUCAUCAUCAUCUCGGGACUAUACUACAUCUGCAUCGGGCACACGGAAAACUUUGAAAACGCAUGGGAGGGCCAGUACACAGCUGGGACUGUGGCGCUGGCCUUUUACUCUGGUCUCUUCGCCUUCGGGGGCUGGAACUACCUCAACUUCGUCACCGAAGAGCUACAGGAUCCGUACAAGAAUCUCCCGCGAGCUAUAUGGAUCGCCAUGCCCAUGGUCACCAUCAUCUACGCGAUGGCCAACGUCGCCUACUUCGCUGUCGUUAGCAAGGAAGAGAUGAAGUUUGCUGUAGCUGUGAAAUUCGGCGAACGCCUCUUCGGUGCUUGGAGCUGGGUGAUCCCCGUGUUCGUGGCUCUCUCGACGUUCGGCGGCGUGAAUGGCGUGCUGUUCACGUCCGCCAGGCUGUUCGCGACUGGCGCGCAAGAGGGACACAUGCCGGCUUUCUUCUCGCUCUUCCACGUAAAGCGCCAGACCCCCAUACCCUCGCUCUUAUUCACGUGUCUAUUCUCCCUACUGAUGCUGUCAACGAGCAACGUCCUGGCGCUGAUCAACUACUUCUCCCAAACCCUGUGGCUGUCCGUGGGCGCGUCCGUGGUGGGCAUGCUGUGGCUCCGGCGCACGCGCCCAGACAUCCCGCGCCCCAUCCGCGUGCACCUCGCCAUCCCCUUCACGUUCCUCAUCGCUAUCGGCUUCCUCGUCUUCGUCCCGGCCAUAUACCAACCCAAGGACACUGCUAUAGGAGUCGCGUUACUCCUCAGCGGAAUACCCGUUUAUUACAUCGGCGUCAGAUGGCAGUCGAAGCCGGAAUGUUACCACUCACUCUCCGGAUGCGUUUUAAGGCUUUUUCAAAAACUAUGUUCCUGUAUUUACGUAGAGUCGAAUGAGAAAAUGGCACAAGGAUGAAUGAAAGUGAUGAGUAAUGUAAUAAUAUACUUAAAGGACCAACGAUUUAUGUACCUAUAUGUAUGCUUACAUGUUAUGAAUAUUGUGGGUACUGUAGAAUGAGAAAUAUCUGUGAUUGUGCUUCCCAAAUUGGGAAUUCCAAUAGGCAGAGGGCCGUCCUUUCAUUAUGUUACGUACCUAAAUGUGUUUUAUCAUAAACCACACAUAACAGUAUUUUAGGUAAACUCAAGGUAAACGACAAUUUAUUAAAUGCCA